GCAGCGGCGCUGGGGAGGGCGAGGCGGAGGCGGCAAAACAGGCGGUCGAGCAGAACGUGUAGCCGCGUCCCCUCGAGUCCGCUUCGGGCAGCUGCUGAUGCCAGGAGUCCCCAGGGCUCCUGUCCACUUCACUGCUGACCCGCCCACCCACCUGUGCUGAGCCUUCCUUCAGGCCUCCCCACUACUUCUGUGGGAUCCUGUGACGUGGGGUCAGCCCGGCUGGAGAAGAAAACCCUCUCAUGCUAGCAUUGCAGACCCCAGAGGGUCCUGUGUGGGUGCUGAGAUGGCCAAUGAGAAUCACGGUAGCCCCCGGGAGGAAGCUUCCCUGCUGAGUCACUCCCCGGGCACCUCCAAUCAGAGCCAGCCCUGUUCUCCAAAGCCAGUGCGCCUGGUACAGGAUCUCCCAGAGGAGCUGGUGCACGCAGGCUGGGAGAAGUGUUGGAGCCGGAGAGAGAAUCGUCCCUACUACUUCAACCGAUUCACCAACCAGUCCCUCUGGGAGAUGCCAGUGCUGGGCCAGCAUGAUGUGAUUUCGGACCCUUUGGGGCUGAAUGCAACCCCACUGCCCCAAGACUCAAGCUUGGUGGAAGCCCCCCUAGCUGAGAACAAGUCCAGAAAGCGGCAGCUCUCCGAAGAGCAGCCAAGUGGCAAUGGUGUAAAGAAGCCUAAGAUUGAAAUCCCUGUGACACCCACAGGCCAGUCGGUGCCCAGUUCGCCCAGCAUCCCAGGAACCCCAACUCUGAAGAUUUGGGGUGCAUCUUCUGAAGAUAAACAGCAGGCAGCACUUCUCCGGCCCACUGAGGUGUACUGGGACCUGGAUAUCCAGACCAAUGCUGUCAUCAAACACCGAGGGCCUUCAGAGAUCCUGCCUCCACAUCCUGAAGUGGAGCUGCUUCGCUCCCAGCUAAUCUUGAAGCUUAGGCAGCACUACCGGGAGCUGUGCCAGCAGCGGGAAGGAAUUGAGCCUCCCCGGGAAUCUUUCAACCGCUGGAUGCUGGAGCGCAAGGUGGUAGACAAAGGAUCUGAUCCCCUGUUGCCAAGCAACUGUGAACCAGUCGUGUCACCUUCCAUGUUUCGUGAAAUCAUGAAUGACAUUCCCAUCAGGUUAUCUCGAAUCAAGUUCCGGGAGGAAGCCAAGCGCCUGCUCUUCAAAUAUGCAGAGGCUGCCAGGCGGCUUAUUGAGUCCAGGAGCGCAUCCCCUGACAGCAGGAAGGUGGUCAAGUGGAAUGUGGAAGACACCUUCAGCUGGCUUCGAAAGGACCAUUCAGCCUCCAAGGAGGACUACAUGGACCGCCUGGAGCACCUGCGGAGGCAGUGUGGCCCCCACGUCUCAGCUGCAGCCAAGGACUCUGUGGAAGGAAUCUGCAGCAAGAUCUAUCACAUCUCCCUGGAAUAUGUCAAACGGAUCCGAGAGAAGCACCUCGCCAUCCUCAAGGAAAACAAUAUUCCAGAGGAGGUGGAGGCCUCCGAGAUGGAGCCCCGCCUAGUGUACUGCUACCCUGUGCGGCUGGCCGUGUCCGCGCCCCCCAUGCCCAGCGUGGAGAUGCACAUGGAGAACAAUGUGGUCUGCAUUCGGUAUAAGGGAGAAAUGGUCAAGGUCAGCCGCAACUACUUCAGCAAGCUGUGGCUCCUUUACCGCUACAGCUGUAUCGAUGAUUCUGCCUCGGAGCGGUUCUUACCGCGGGUCUGGUGUCUUCUCCGGCGAUACCAGAUGAUGUUUGGAGUGGGCCUCUAUGAGGGGACUGGCCUGCAGGGAUCAUUGCCUGUGCACGUCUUUGAGGCUCUCCACCGACUCUUCGGCGUCAGCUUUGAGUGCUUUGCCUCACCCCUCAACUGCUACUUCCGCCAGUACUGCUCUGCCUUCCCUGACACAGAUGGCUACUUUGGUUCCCGAGGCCCCUGUCUGGACUUCGCCCCACUGAGUGGUUCCUUUGAGGCCAACCCUCCAUUCUGUGAGGAGCUCAUGGAUGCGAUGGUCUCUCACUUUGAGAAACUGCUGGAUAGCUCACCAGAGCCCCUGUCCUUCAUCGUGUUCAUCCCUGAGUGGCGGGAACCCCCCACACCAGUGCUCACCCGCAUGGAGCAGAGCCGCUUCAAACGCCACCAGCUGGUCCUGCCUGCCUUUGAGCACGAAUACCGCAGUGGCUCCCAGCACAUCUGCAAGAAGGAGGAAAUGCACUACAAGGCCGUCCACAACACAGCCGUGCUCUUCCUACAGAACGAACCUGGCUUUACCAAGUGGGGACCGACGCCUGAGCGGUUACAGGAGCUGACCACUGCCUACCGGCAGUCAGCCCGAAGCCAUGGCUCCAGCUCUUCCUCAUCUUCCGAGGCCAAGGACCGGGACUCAGGCCGAGAGCAGGGGCCUAGCCGAGAGCCUCACCCCACUUAACACACCCUGCGGGGAGGAGGAGCCCCAUGGGUGCUGUAUGAAUGGCUGGGACUCCAGGGCCCUCCCCUGGGGUGGCAGCAGGACUUGGGCUGCCAGUGACAUAGGAAUAUUAUGGCUCUGCUAGGGCUCCCCCUCCCUGCCUCUGCCUCCUCUCCCCACCUCGGACUCUCUCCAAGUCUCUAUUGUAAAUAGGCCUAUGUCUUCCCAGCCCCACACUGACCCUGUUGCUGCCUUGUUUCAUUUGUAAAAGGAAAUACAGAACCCCACCAACAA